GGAGCAGCCGCAGAAGCAGCAAGAGGAAGAGGAGCAGCGCCGCUCUCGCCGCCGCCGCCGCCGCCGCCGCCGCGCAGGACUCGAACCCAGGGCCGCCCCGCCCCGCCGCCCGCCAUGGCCUCCCAGAACACAGACCCCAGCGCAGCUGCCGCCUCCAGGACCCUGGGGAAGGCGGCCGAGGCCGGCAGCGGCCCCGCGAGGGGCUCCGUCCGGAGCAGGUUGCAGCAGGAGCUGAUGGCCCUCAUGAUGUCUGGAGACAAAGGCAUCUCGGCCUUCCCAGAGUCAGAAAACCUCUUCAAGUGGAUCGGGACCAUUGUCGGAGCCGCCGGGACGGUGUACGAGGACCUUCGGUACAAGCUCUCCCUGGAGUUCCCCAGCGGAUACCCCUACAAUGCCCCCACAGUCAAGUUCCUGACCCCCUGCUACCACCCCAAUGUGGAUCUGCAAGGAAACAUCUGCCUGGACAUCCUGAAGGACAAGUGGUCAGCCCUCUACGAUGUCCGGACUAUCCUCCUCUCCAUCCAGAGCCUGCUGGGAGAGCCCAACAUCGAGAGCCCCCUGAACACAGAUGCCGCGGAGCUCUGGAAAAACCAAGCAGCCUACAAGAAGCACCUCCACGAAUCGUACGCAAAGCACAUGAAGAGCCAGGAGAGCUGAUGAAGCCCCAGCCCCCCGGCGGUGUCUCUCUCGCUCUCUGUCUUUCCUCCUUGUUGUCUGUGCGCGCUUGGUGCGUCAGUACCAUGCUGUAUUAUAGACUGUUUUUAAAUUUAUUUGGCAUUUUCUCCGGCUGUUUAAUGUAUAAAUAAAGUCAUCUUUUUUAUGUUAA